CGUGCUCAUUCUGGACUUUAAGCUCUGCACAACACGAGAGAGAGAGAGAGAGAGAGAGAGAGAAAGAUGGCAUCUUUGGAUUGUCCCAACUCGCCGCCAGGUCCAUCGUUCGCAAUCAGAGGCCCCCAAACCGACGGCUUCUUCAGAAGCAUUUCCACAAAAGAAGCCGCCUCCAAUUUCUCAGACUUCCCAUGUACGUCGCCGUCUCGCCUGAGUUCCCCAUCCUUCUCUCCGGCAUCCGGCCUCCACACCUCCCAGCCUUCCUCUCCAGGCCGCCUCCUGUCCCCCAAGCUCUCCGCCGACAACGACCUCCAAGCCUCCCACCGCUGCAUCUCCUCCGUCCUCAAAAAGGAUGGCCAGAUCCUCUCCAUCGCCGCCGCCAACGGCCUGGUCUACACGGGCUCCGAAUCCAAUAUCCUCCGCGUCUGGAAGCUCCCGGAGUUCACCGAGUGCGGCCAGCUCAAGACCAAGGCCUGCAUGGCGCUCGCCAUUGAGCUCUCCAACGACAAGGUUUACGCCGCCUACGCCGACUGCAAGAUUAGGGUUUGGCGCCGGACUUGGGAAGGGGUCGCCAAGCAUGUCCGCCUAGCCACCAUCCCCCGCACCGGAAGCUACGUCCGGAGCUACAUCACCGGCAAGGAUAAACUGACAAAGCAUAUGGGGCCGAUAUCGUCGCUGGCAAUCAACGUAUCGGACGGCAUCCUAUACUCAGCUUCUCUCGACAAAACCGUCAGAGUAUGGCAAAUCUCCGACCACAAAUGCAUCGAGAGCAUCCAAGCCCACUCGGAGCCCAUCAACGCCGUGGCCGUGGCCGACGACGGAGUCCUCUACACCGCCUCCGACGACGCCACCGUCAGAGUGUGGCGCCGCAACUUCUGCAGCGGAGACAGGCCUCACUCGCUAACCGUCACCCUGCCUGCCAAAUCCUCUCCGGUCAAGGCCCUGACUCUCACGGUCGACGGCGGCAUCUUGUACGGCGGCUGCACCGACGGCUACAUCCAUUACUGGCUCAAGGGCUGGUUCUCUGGCCAGCUGCAGUACGGCGGCUCGCUGCAGGGCCACACCCACGCCGUGAUGUGCCUGGCUAGCAUGGCGGACUACGUGGUGAGCGGCUCGGCGGACUCGACGGGUCGGGUUUGGGUCCGGGAGCAGGACGGGCAGCAUUCUUGCGUGGCGGUGCUUCAGGGGCACCGGGGGCCGAUCAGGAGCGUGGCGGCGUUUCCGGGGCGGUUGCCGGAGGAGGCGGAGGAGGGCUGUACUGUCUGCACCGGGAGCCUCGACGGGGUGCUGAAGGUGUGGCGGGUCACGUGCGGGAGAAACUCCGAUCGGAGUUCGGCACAGAAGGAUAGUUUUGAGUACUUUGAGCUGAAUUGAGGGUCCGAUGGGCGGUGGGAGGUUGGAGAUUGAUGCUUUGAUUUGAUUGGAAGGUGCAAAUGUACAGUGAGCUAGAAGGGAAAAUUGUUUUUAAUGGUCAAAUGUGCUUUGCCUCAAUACUAUAUAGAGCAAUAUUCAGUUCCCAAUUAGGGCUGUAAAUUAAAUGGAUUGAUUCUUUUGCGUCACAAUGAAUAGGUGAUGACAUUUUGUAAUUGUUAUUUGUUAAAAUAUUGUAAAUUUAAUGUAAUAAUGACUAUAUAUUAUUAUUAUUAUUACGAGUUAUUUUAUUAUAAAAUUGUGUACAAAUGUAAUUAUUAAAAAACAAAAAUGCAUAUACUAAAAUGCCACUUACCAAAUACAAAAAAAAAAAAUUACAAAAAUAUAUUGUAAUAUAUCA